AUUGAUAGGCGCGCGCGUAACGUCCGCGUGUGCGGACGGCGUGUGCGCCUCGGCUGUGUGUGAAAAUAUUUUCACGUGCGUGAGUGAGUACGCGGGGGCCGGCGGGGGGAAACGGCGGACACGAGAAAGGGACGUUUGGCGAACGGUGGAAGGCUGGACGGUCCCGCGAUACGCGCUUAGUCCACGUCCGGCGCAUCGCGGCAACGUGAGCCGCCGCUUCGCGCUUCCACCAUCCGCGCCUGUCGUUAUCGAGAUGCCGGCGACGAGGCGUGACGGGCCGAUGUAAUCUGCCACUCUCUUGCCGCCUUUACGGGAAAAUUCAUUCGUGAGAUUGCACGCGCCGCGGAAGAUCCGCGAUGUGCGACGCGACGAGGGAGCGACCGUGAAUCCGCGGGACCAUUUUAUUCAUCCCGGUCUGAGAGAUACUCUCGAAAGAGAGAGAGAAAGAGAAGAUAGAAGAAGUGAGAUCGACAUUUGUUUGGAUUUUAGGAAAUAAAGCGAUAGAUGCGACAAUAGAUGAGAAAGAACCGAUUCGCCUCUCGACGAUACUCCUGCUCGAUUUAAUCAAUCUCGUUAAUAUUGCUCGUUAUUAAUAUAGGAAACGGAUCCGGAACAGGAAAUAUCUGAAAUGGAAAAAAUCAUCAGCGCUUGCGUCGAAGACGGCGUGCAACAGCAGAAACCGCAGACGAAAAUCUAUAAGAGGCGAUGGCUGAUCCUCAUCCUCUUCGUGCUGUACAGCGCCAGCAACUCGAUGCAAUGGAUACAAUAUAGCAUUAUUUCAAGCAUCGUAACGACGUAUUACAACGUUUCGGACUACGCGGUGGACAUGACGAGCAUGAUAUACAUGAUAACGUACAUACCACUUAUACUCCCCGCCAGCUACCUGCUCGACAAGUUCGGUCUCAGGUGUACAGUGAUCUGCGGGGCGCUUGGGACUUGUCUCGGUUCCUGGGUGAAGGUGCUCAGCAUAGCCAGCGAUCGCUUCUGGGUCACGUUUAUCGGUCAAACUAUGGUGGCUAUCAGCCAGAUCUGCAUUUUGUCCAUUCCAGCUCGGCUGGCCGCGGUAUGGUUCGGGGACAAUGAAGUCAGUAGAGCCUGCGGCAUCGGUGUCUUCGGCAACCAGCUGGGUAUAGCUAUCGGUUUCUUAUUCCCGCCGAUGUUAGUGCCGAACAGCGAGAACUCCUGCGACGUCGAGAAGGGACUUCAACUUAUGUUUUAUAUCGUCGCGGCUUUCACAUCGCUCAUACUAAUCCUCAUAUUAUUCCUCUUCAAGUCGGCGCCACCUUUACCACCUAGUUCCGCUCAAAUCGAGCAAAAAAAGACGAACGAGAGCGAAGGACAGGUGAAGACGAAAUUUCUCACUUCCAUCAAAAGCUUGUGCCUCAAUCGCGGCUAUCUGUUACUUUUACUCAGCUACGGUAUCAACGUCGGUGUCUUUUACGCUAUAAGCACCCUCCUGAAUCGACUCGUUACCGAACAAUUCCCGAAAAGUGAAAAAGAUGCUGGUCGAAUCGGUUUGACAAUAGUUUGCGCCGGGAUGGUGGGUUCCAUCGUAUGUGGCAUUUUACUAGACAAAACACACAAAUUCUGGUGGACGACAGUAGGAGUAUACAUAUGUUCUUUGGUGGGUAUGAUAAUCUUCUCCUUCACACUGGACAAAAACUUAGGAAUAUUCGUUGUCUACAUCACGGCUGGCCUCCUGGGCUUCUUCAUGACCGGCUAUCUGCCAGUCGGUUUUGAGCUCGCCGCGGAGCUGACAUUCCCGGAGCCGGAAGGAACGUCGACAGGUCUGCUGAACGCAGUCGUGCAGAUCUUCGGCAUCGCCCUCACCUCGCUCUAUCGUCACUUGCUUAAUAUAUGGGAGGAUAUGUGGGCAAACGUCACACUAUGCGGCAUCCUCGCGCUCGGCGUCCUGCUCACGAUCCUGAUACCCAACGAUCUGAGACGUCAGAAAGCGAAGGCUUGACAAUCCGCAAGACAGUCGCAGUAAUCUGCAGCGACGGAUAAAUCUCCCGAGUGGAUCGUACGAAACUUCCGCACUUGGAACGAGUUCCAAUUUCCGUUCCGAUUUCGACAAUACUCCCGUGAUUCAUUAUCGUAGUCCAGUCGGGACUUAAUUUAUCUUCCGCGAAUACGGCGCGUUUCCGAGUCACGUGUGCACUCACCAGAAGAGGAUAUAUAUAUUCAACAUUUUCGGAGUUAAUGAAUUAAUAGAGAUCCUGACAAAGUAAUCGAAUACUAUGACGUAAAACGCAUCCACUUUUCGUAGCACUUUCAGAUUUUUACUUUGAUAGAAAGAGAGAUUUUUAACACACUUAGUGCGCCUAAGUGCCGAGAUGCCUAAUAUUGAAAAUUAGAAAACUGUUUCAGAUGAUAGAGUAUUUUUAUGGAGAAAUUAAUGGCCACAUUUGUCGAAAAAUUCUUAGAAAGGACAACGAUAUUGUUCGAGAAUAUAUAUAUAUAUAUAAAUAUUUUUAUCCUUGUUGUUACUACAUGUAAACAAAGUGAUCUAACAGAACUAUGUGUACAAAAAUGAGAAAACAAAAA